UUAUAAAAAAAUGUAUUAAAAACUUAAUUUUUGUUUUGUUACAAAAUUAAAAAAAAAAUUGUGUUGUUGCAGUUAAACAAAAAUAACAACAAAUUAAAUACAUACAUGCAAUAUUAAAUAAAUAAACAAAAUUUGUGCUGUGGGAAUCAAGUGCGUUUACAUACAUACAAACUCUUAACAAGCCAGGCUAUCGGUUAGCUAAAAACAAAAAAAAAACAACAAUAAAUAUUGUUAGUGCUAUUACGCCAGCAAACAACUCAUUAGUUCAAUUGAAUCUACACAAUAAUAAUUGUUAAUUAUAAAUCGAUUGCCUGCCGCUGCAAGGUGUGAGAACAAAUAUUACGUCAAGGGAAAUUUGUCUCCACAGUAAUAUUUCACUCCGCGCCUGCGAAACACAAAAUUCUUGCUGCCGAAGUGCUUGAAAUCAACGCUAAAAACACUGACCACCACACGCUCUCUCUCUCUCUCUCUCUCUCUCUCUCUCUUUCCACGUUGAGCAGUGACAUGGCGUGGCCGACAAAGCUUACAGUAUUAACAUAAGUCACACGCGUACAUAGACGAUAGUCAAUUGCCAGCGGCAAGAAUAUGGAGUAGGCAAGCAACAUGUAUGAAACACUGGAGUUGUAGUUGGCGUUAAGUAAAGGCGAAAUGGAAUUGCUACAAAACAUAGCCACUGCAUUGUGUUCAAGAGAAAUUGCAUGAAAAUUAUUUGAAAAAAAAAGAGGAUAACAAACUGAAAAGCUGGACAAAUCAGAACGACGUAUGCGAGUGCGUGUGUGGUGAGAGUUUUGAAAUUUAAAUGUUGCUAUAAAAUUUGCAUAUACACGCUGCUCUAUAUGCCACAGCUGUGAGUUGGCAGUGUCAUUCAAGCGCACAAAGAUACGCAAGGAUAAUUGCAUAAAUGUACGGCUAACUGGAUGAGGAGCGGUUGCCGCGUUAGUAUGUAUGGAUUACAGUUGUGUGAGUGCAAAUUAAGUGUUAAAGUUUUGACAAAAAUUAAAUGAGGCGGUAAAAAAGUGUUGGGAAGAAGGCGAGUUCAAAAAAAAAAUUUUAAAAAAAUUUAAGUGGACCAAAAAACAUUAAAGUGUUAGCUAGAAAUCUAGAAAAAAAUAAAUAAUUUAAAAAUUAUUAUAAUUAAAUUGUGUAAUAAUAAGGAGACGUUGCCGCAAGCGCGCAAGUUUCAUUUACUGUGCCUCGCGGUUGUCGCUAACGGCUAAGCGCGGGCGCAACAACGCACACAACAAACACGCACAAUAGCGUUUUAUAGUUGCCACUCGAUAGUACGCACUCCUCUCAGCAGCGCGAGUCACUCACCUACUCACCUACUCACUCACUCCAACUCUUCACACUCUUGAUUGCGCUAACGAUCUUGCGGCUUUUUGGCUUAUAAAUGUACAAGGACAGCAGCUGCCGCAGCAGUACGCAGCCAACACCGCCAAAAGCAACGCCAGCAACAACAACAAUAAACACAGCACAAAUAACAACAACAACGUCAACAAACGCAGUCAGCGCGCCGCAUACAGUUGUAAGUACAACAACAGCAGCAGCAACCACAGUAAGCGCCGAGUCGACAGCGAGCGCGCACGCCAGUAAAACGCCUGAGCUCAACGCGUCGCAUAAAUGUUUUGCAGGCAAUACGGACGACAUCCACUCAGCAAUAACAACAACAGCAGCAUCAUCAACAGCUUUAAGUGAGCGCACAACGACAACUUCGGCUACAGCCAGCACCGCACACAACAGCCUAAGCAACAGCAACAGCAACACGCCCAUCACACUUAGCCUCGCGGCCGAACAUUUGGAGGCGGAGUAUUAUCAGCUCAGCUGCGCCUCAGAUUGUUCGGUUUCGUCGACAUCCGCAUCCUCGGGCGCGAAUACAUCAUGCAGCGGCAGUGACGAUAGCGACGAAAAUAGUGAAGUGUAUACGUUUCGUGCGCGUCCCGCCUUCCCAGCACAUCUCUUAUAUAGCGCGUCUAGGCGACGCGCCAACUUGCGACGCGAACAACACGCGGCGGCGCCCGGUGAGUGUCAUAUAGCGGCGUCGGCGGCGCUUGACACCGACAGUCGACGCGGCAGCGCUGUAAGUGGGUUGAGUAACGCAACUGGUGUUAGCGGCGGCAGCAGCAGUCGACGGCAGCGACAUAAACAUCGCUCCAGCAUUAGCGCUGAUGUGCGUGUGCUGCGUAAAAUCGGUUAUAUUGCGUCACGUGUGCGUUUCUUGGCGAAAAUAUAUGGUGAUUUCAAGUUGGUAAACCCCUACAGUCCAGCAAAGCAGCGUAAGCAACUGCAAGAUAUUUUGCUGCGGCAUUCCAUACCCGAUACGGAUCGUAGAGGUGCAGCGGCAGCGUCUGGUUAUCGCACAAAGCACGCAACGACGGCGUACGAGAGCGCACACGUUGUAGCGGCAACAGCGGCCGCAGCGACAGCAACAACUUUAGUCAGCCAACGCAGCUUGACGCCUGAUAGCUCACUAACGAGCAGCGGUAGCGCGCGCGCACUUGAAGUUAGCGCUUGCGUGCAGGAAGCGCAAGCGCCGCGCCUCGAAGCAGACACUGCGCUCAGCUCACUAGAAGAGGACGACGACAACGACGACGACGAGGAGGAGGAGGAAGAGACAUCUGCCACAUUCACUGCGGGUACGGUGCGCCGCAAAUCAUCUGUGCUGGUAACAGGCGGCGACGACUCACUCACCGCGCAACACUCACUUGCCGUGCUCGAGGAGCUUUUGGUGCAAUUCUAUGAACAGCGCCAGCAUCGCAUUACUGUAAUACGGCGCCGACAGCAUAGUCGACGCGGCAGCAAGCGUGGGAACGGCAAAAUCGCUGCCAACUGCAAGCAACCAGCCGGCGUACAGCCACAACAGUUAAUCAUUAUGAGCGGCGGCAGUGCUGUGGGGACGGACAGCAACGUCGGACAACAGCUACUGCGCACAGACGUCGUCGAUAUCGAGCAGCAAACGAAUCUACGCAAUGCCAAUAAUUUAUAUAAUAGUAGCGAAGUCACGAGCGAUAACAGCGGCGUAACGUCGUCAAGUGUGUGCGCGACACAGCAACAGCAGCAGAGUAGCGCCUCUGCUGGCGUCUCGGUAAAUAUCGCUGCUACUGCAUCUAGUCAAACCAAACAACAAAAGCCACAGCAAGCACAGCAGCAGCAGCGCAGCUAUAGCAAUGCUUUCCUACAGCCUUUCAGCAUUGGUGGCGGCUGUAUGGAUCGGCGGCGGCGCGCCAGCGAUUGCUCAACCCAUCCCAGUAGUCAGCAAUUGUUGCAGCAUCAACUCUUGAGCAAUCAAUUGCAAGUUACGCUCAAGAACAACAACUACACAAUUGGUGGUGGUAAAUUUCCAUAUCAUCGCGGCAGUUGCGGUGGCGCGGCUGAACACUUGUUGGCCGCCAAUUCCAUAGCCAAUCGCUCGACUAUAAUAUUGAGCAAAUCAUGCAGCAAUGUGGAAGGUGCACCAAUGGCACAGACUGGCGGUGUUGGCGGCGGCGGUGGCGGCAAUGCUGAUGCUAUGCGCAAAUUGAGUUUAGGCGGUCAAGUGGAUGCUGCAAAUAACGGCAAUUUGGUGUCGCCUGCUGCGUUGACACCCUCACCGACCGCAAAGCAGCCACAGUUGGCUGCAACACAAGCACAAUCACAAUCACAACAACAACAACCCACCGCUGGCGGCCCGGGCAGCAAUGGCAACAAUGAAUACAACAUUGUGCAGCUAAAUAAUACAAUCAUACAGUGUCAUUUCAACGAUGAGGAUUUUCGGGCGCUCGUUAAGGAUUUGAAACGUAAAGUGGAGUAUACCGAGCGCAUGAAUUGGCUAUGUCUCUCCAAACGUCCAAUGGGUCCGCCACAUCGCAAAAGCAGUCUACCAAAGCAUCAGGAGGUAAAAAAACGUUUCCUGGAAAUUUGUGAUACCAACUUUUCGGAUGAGGUGAAGGCAGCACUCCGCUUGCCCGCCUUCGAUUCGUAUGAGUGGGGUGAUGCGGAUGUUAUACAUUUGAUGCAAACGAUGUUCCUCGAAUUGGGCUUCAUAGAUAAAUUCAAUAUACCGAUUGAGACGUUGCGUGAAUGGCUCUAUGAGGUCUAUAAGCAUUACAACGAGGUGCCAUUUCACAAUUUCCGGCAUUGCUUCUGUGUGGCGCAAAUGAUGUACGCCAUAACUAGACAGGCCAAUUUGUUGCAACGACUAGGCGAUCUAGAAUGUCUCAUACUGCUGGUGUCCUGCAUUUGUCAUGAUCUCGAUCAUCCUGGCUAUAAUAAUAUCUAUCAGAUAAAUGCGCGCACUGAGUUGGCGCUCAGAUAUAAUGACAUUUCGCCACUGGAAAAUCACCAUUGUUCAAUAGCAUUCCGCUUGCUGGAGCAUCCGGAGUGUAAUAUCUUCAAGAAUUUCAGCAGCGACACAUUCAAAGAAAUACGUGAGGGUAUCAUACGUUGCAUAUUGGCUACGGAUAUGGCGCGCCACAAUGAAAUACUAACACAGUUCAAAGAGAUUACACCCAUAUUCGAUUACUCAAAUCGCGCACACAUCAAUUUGCUCUGCAUGGUGCUCAUCAAGGUGGCCGACAUUUCCAAUGAGGCGCGCCCCAUGGAUGUCGCUGAACCCUGGCUUGAUCGUCUAUUACAGGAAUUUUUCGCACAAAGCGCUGCUGAGAAAUCGGAGGGUUUGCCUGUUACACCCUUCAUGGAUCCGGAUAAAGUUAGUAAACCCGGUUCGCAGGUGCGUUUCAUCGGUUUGGUGCUAUUACCGCUCUUCGAAGCUUUGGGCGAUUUAGUGCCUGAAGUGAUUGAACUCAUCAUUAUACCCGUGCGCAUAGCGCUCGACUACUAUAGACGCUUAAACGACGCGCAAAGUAAAUCGCGCAAAUCUGUCGCCGAUACCGCUUCAAUGGUCGCAUCGGAUAAUACUAGUGCCGCCUCGGAUGGUGGCGGCAGCACGACUGCUGUAUGCGCAGGUGGUGGUGGCGGACAUGUACACAGUCCAGCUGCUGGCACAAAUGGACAUAUAACGGGCACCAGCACCACCUCCACGGGCACUACUACGACCACCGGUGCGGGCGGUGGUGGAGGCGGCGGCUCGGGCAGUGGUGGCACCAACUCUGGCGGCAGUAUUUCACCACAAAUGCCACGCUCACAAUCGGGCAUUAGUGUGAAGUCCCGCCGGAGUAUACCGUCACAGAAAUCGGCAUCACGCACCUCUGUCGAUGAGCCGCAAUGUUUGGCCGCCGAAUUGCAUGAUCUACCCGAGGGUAGUGAGAGCGGUGACUCCGAGACGGCAACCGAAGUGGAUGUCGCCGAGAAGACUUCAAAAUUCAAAGUGGACACGGAAGGCAGUAGCAACCGUUCAAAAUCCUCACAUUCGACGUCGCGUAAGUCAUCGCGCGAGAAGCGCCCCUCCAUGAUCGGCGAGAUGUGCAGCAGCGGUGGUGGUCAACGCAUACGCAACUCCUACGGCAACAUACAUGGCUAUCACACCAAUCGCUGUCACUUCAGCUCUAAUCGCGCUGUCAGCCUCGACCAGUAUAGCACAAAUAAUCGACGCCUCUCGGAUGGCCUGCAGCAAGUCAUCUCCGAUAGUAAUGUCUUCUAUAAUCGUCAGAAUCGUGGCAGUCUCGAAGCGCCCGCCAGCCGUCUGGGUGACGAUCUGAAUAUGAAUGCAACUGGCGGCAACGCGGGUAUUAUGCAGUCUUCCACGCAGCCACUCAAUCCGAACAAUGUGCCAAAUGUGGAGUGCAGCGCCGGUAUGGCGGCACAUGUUAGCGGCGCUUGCACCAGUCAGUCUUGCCAGCAUCAUCAACAUGUACAUCAUACACAUCACUUCAGCAGCCAGCAUCAACAGCAGUUGCAGCAACAGCAAAUGCAGCAGCAACUACAGCACUUACAGUCAUCGUCGAAUGGCAAUCUCUCACCCACCCAGUUGCUGCAACCGAAACUACAGCAACAUUGUUGUGCUGCCGCGGCCGCUGCAGCUGCUGCCGCCGCAGCUGGCAAUACGUCCAACGGUUUAGGUGGCAAUGGCGUUGGUGGCGCUACUGUUUCGAAGGCCACCUGGAAGACACGUCUCAAACAAUUCUCCGACUACUUUGGCUUCUCCUUCGACAAGGGCGGCAAACGUUUCGGCAGCACACGCAGUUCACCGUGUCCGGCGCGCAACAAUAAUGGCACUGGUGGACUGACCGGUGUCAAUCAGACUAUUGAUCCGCUGCUCGGCGGCAGUAGCAGUGGUGGUAAGCCGCAGAGCAUUUGCUGCACCAUCUCGAAUAAUCUGCAGUCACCUAGUCUGCGUCACAAAUCGCUGGCCACCGGCACCGGUCUGCCCACCCAUUCGGAGCUGGUGAAUGCCGGACGUCUGCGCGCCUACAGCUUGGACGUGCCCUGCAGUCACACCAGCAAUCCGCGUUAUAGCAGCAGCAGCGGUGGCGGCGGCGAUAGUAGUCGCAAAUCAUCGCGACAUGAUGGCGGCACCACCGGCACCGGUGACGACAACAAUAGCAACAAUACGCUACAUAGCAGCGGUGGUGGUGGCAGUGAAAUGCCUACUUGUCUACCGCCACCGAUACGCAUCGGUAGCGUGGAUGCCAGCGACACAAUAUUGAUAACGACCGGCUUGCCGCGCGUCAUAACGCCCGCCCAACUGGGUGAGACCGAACCGAGUUUGAGCAUUGACUUGGGUAUGGCUAGUGGGUCGUCAUAUGAGCCACCGAAAAUUUGACAACGGGGUAGCUCGGAGACGACUACGAACUCGCUCUCGAAUAACGGCGCAUUUGCAGCGCUGCUACAGCAACAGCAUCAGUUGCAGAAGGAGGCGGCAUCGUUACGGCACAGCUCCAGCUGUAAUAUGUCCUCGAUGUCGCUGACCGUUUGGUCGGCGCUGGGGCAACGGCUAAGUGCGUUAGUGUGUCAUUGCUGCGAACGAAAGUUACCCGAACCGGAGAAUGUCUGAAGCGCAGAGUAGGCACAUAGUGAGAUAGGGAUGGGAAGUCGCAAUAAGGUAGUGUAAAAAUUCGGCUAAGUGAAAAAAAACGCUCGGUAUAGCAAAAUAUUUAAGUUGAAUGGCGUGCUGUUGUGGCAACAAUGUUGCUGGGGGGCUUGAAGAGGUUUGGGAAAAUGAAAAAAAUAA